AUGCGCCUGACGCUCAAGCGGUUCAAAGACGGCCCGAACCGGACGAAACCGGAGGGGCGGGUCUGGCUCGAGGGUAACGCGCUGAGAGAUGGCGUCACGACGACGCCGUCCGGGCUGCAGUACGAGGUGUUGGAGAGCGGGAGCGGGCCCGCGGGUCGCGUCGCGCUCGACACGAAGUGCGAGUACGCCGGGACGUUGCUCGACGGCACCGAGUUUGACUCGUCGUACAAGCGCGGGAAACCGCUGACUUUCGCGCCGAUGCAGGUCAUCAAAGGGUGGACGGAGGCGAUGCGGAUGAUGCGCGAGGGGGACAAGUGGCGGAUGUAUCUCCCCGCGGAGCUCGGGUACGGCGGGCGAGGCAGCGGACGGUUCAUCAAGCCCGGCGACGUGUUGGUGUUUGAGAUGCAGAUCAUCCGCGUGUUGGGGUAG